AUGACUUCAUCCACAGCAGGCCACAGGCUUGGGGCAUCGAAUGGGAUCGCCAUGGACUCUCCACUCAAGGAUGUGACGUCGAACAUGCGCGACAUGAAGCUCGGCGCUUCGCCAACCAAGGGUGGACUCAAGGGCGCACCUGGACGUCUGGGCCUGUCUCGAAAGGACCGACUAGACACGGUGCCGUCUGCUUCGGCUGAUCUCAAGGUCGGCAUCACCAGAGACUGGCAAGGCCCGGAAAAGUCUCUCAAGCCCAAGGUCGCUGCGAGCAUUUCGCGCGGCGACCGCUACAUUCCGAACCGGGAGCUGAAACGAUCCACCACUCCGCAUGCGCACACGGACGGAGACGGCGACACGAUCCGCUCGCAGAUGUCCAGCGAUGCCACUGACCCUAACAUCGCUGCCAACAUAGCCGCGGCGAAUGCUAAUCCGACCGAUCUGGAGGGCCACCCUUCGUUCGAAGACUCGGUGUCGGGCGAGAUGAGCCAAAGGAUCCUGUCGUUUUCGGCAGCGCCGCCGAGCUCUUUGGCGAACCCGGACGUGCGUAGCCGAUACGCCAUGGCCAAACCCAAGUCGGCAUUGCCUAGCAGCCUGCAGAGCGCAGGCCGUAGAAGGAUCCCGACGACACCAGAGAGGACGCUGGAUGCGCCGAGCAUGGUGGGUGACUUCUACUACAAUUUGCUCGACUGGUCGUCCACAAACAUGGUGGCGGUGGCGCUGCAGACGGGGUUGUGGAUCUGGAACGGCAACACGGGCGAUGCAUGCGCGUUGCUCGACACGUCGACGCAGCCGGAGAAGGUGGGCGGUGGAGGCCUGAUCACGGGAGUGCGAUGGGAUGCCGAUGGCAACAUCCUCGCUGUGGGACUGGAGGGCGGCUUUGUGCAGAUCUGGGAUGUGGAGUCGAGCACGCGCAUGCGCACGCUCAAGCCCACGGGAGAUGGGGGUGCCGACCACGCUUCGGUCAACGUGGCUGCCUGGGCACCGGACGGUACGCUCAACGCAGGAUUCCAGAGUGGCAUCAUUCGCGAGUACGACGUGCGAGAGCGAGAUGCGGUGACGCGAACGCUGGAAAAGGCGCACCACGGACCCGUGUGCGGCAUGGAGUGGCGAUCCGACAGCGCGCUCAUGGCUUCGGGAGGCAACGACAAUGUCGUCAAGGUGUGGGACCGCCGUACCUCGGUCGCCAAGAUGCGCAAGGAGAACCACCAGGCUGCGGUCAAGGCGCUUGCCUGGUGUCCGCACAACCUGAGCCUGCUGGCCACGGGCGGUGGCACGAGCGACCGCAACAUCCACUUUUGGAAUACGACGCAGAACUCGCGAACCAUGACCAUCUCGACGGGCGCGCAGAUCACCUCGCUGCACUGGGCGCCGCACUACCGCGAGAUCGUCUCCACCCACGGCCUCGGAACCACCGAGUCGAGCAAGGGCCUCAUGAGCAUCUGGUCGCAUCCCUCGGGCACCAAGGUCGCCGAGAUCGAGGCGCACGAGAAGCGCGUGCUCCACUCGAGCCUCAGCCCGGACGGCGAGGUGCUCGCCACCGUGAGUGACGACGAAGAACUCAAGCUCUGGAGGAUCUUUGAAAAGCCCGUCGAGUCGUCCAAGGGCGCCAAAGCCGCGGGCGGCAUGACCUCACAUGGCAGCAGCGGAGCUUCCAGCGUCCGCACCCUCCGUUGA